AUGGAAACUACCAAGAGGGUUUGUCCCAGCCAUCCAGAACAACGGAUGCAAUUGAAGCCAGAAGGGUCACCCUACAGAUGCAGUGGAUGUCGAGAAGUAGGGUUUGGACGCAGUUACCACUGUGAAAACAAGAACUGUGGUUACAUCCUCCAUGAAGAGUGUGCAACUGCGGUUUCCCUUGCCUUUCAUCGAUUUUUUCCCAGGAGCCACUUGGAGUUCUAUGAGAAAGCACCGGGGCACCGGGUCAGAUACUGUGAUGCUUGUGGAAGGGAUGUUCUAGGGUUUGUGUACCAUUGCUCCAGUACAGGUUAUGAUCUACAUCCAUGUUGUUUAAAGCUGAAAGAUAGCAUUUCUGAUGAAGAAGGGCUUGUGUCACUCGAACUGUGUCAGAAGGUUCUCUCAAAGUGUGUCAAGUGUAAGCAUAGGAAUGUUGUGGAUGGAAUCAGAGGUUGGUCUUAUGUAUCUUCAGAUUAUGGGGGGAAAUGUUGUUACCAUGUUUGGUGUGUUAAGCAACUGAUUCUUGAGAAUUUGAAUAAGGGCUAUUUUACUCAUGAAACCAGUUCAAUUGGGAUGAGUGACAGGGAGUACUCUCAGCUUGUAGUGAGAAACAUGGACAUGGUACGAAGUAGAAGGAUUUCGAGGAGGUUAGGGACAAUGAAGAAGUACACAAAGAUUGCUGUGUUGGUAUUUAAACUGGUAUUUUCAGCUGUGUUUGGAAACCCUAUAACUGCCAUUGCUUCUCUUGUGGAAGCCCUAGUUUCAGAUUAG